AUGGAGAUAACUAUUGAUAGGGUUAGGCAAAAGCAUUGGGUUGAAACCGAUUCUAUCAUGAUGAAGAAAUUUUUUCCGGAACUUUCUAGAGACAAAGCUACUUCUUCGGCUAACCUAGAAGCAUCGGAAACUCAACAUCCAAAUGAGAGUAUCAAAGUUGUUGAUUAUGAAUUGUUGGAAACGGAUCCAGGAAUUAGACUUCCAAUUUCAAGUUAUCAUCCUGACAUCCAAAAUGAGGUAAGAAAAGCUUAUUUAAAAAUAGGUCGUCAUCAACCUCCUCACAAUUUCGUGUACCCUUGGUCUGUUCAAGGUAAACAAAGACGUCGAUUUUGCAAAAAUUGGUUUGAUUUGUAUGACUGGAUUGAUUAUAGUGAAUCUAAGGAUCUAGCAUUUUGUUUGCCAUGUUUUUUGUUUAAAAAUGUCUCUAAAUAUGGGGGGGAUCACUUCGUGGGAGACGGUUUUGGUGAUUGGAAGCAUGCUCAAAGAUUGGCUAAUCAUGCUACUUCUUCUAAUAGUCAUGUUAAUUGUGUGCAUAUGGGUUAUGCUCUCAUGAACCCAAACCAAAGUAUUAAAGCCGCGUUUGUUAAUCAAACUAAGCAAAUGAAUGUUGAAUAUCGUGUUCGUGUAAACACAUCCCUUAUAGCUACUAAGUUUCUCUUGAGAUGUGGCAUGCCAUUUAGAGGGAGUGACGAGUCCCUUAACUCUUUAUUUAAGGGGCCAUUUCUUGAGUUGGUGGAUACAUUAAAGGAAAUUAACCCAGAGAUAGCUAGUGUAAUAGAUUGUGCUCCGGGAAAUAACCUUAUGACUGCCCCUAAGAUUCAAAAGGAUCUUGCUGCUGCUUGUGCAUGUGAAAUAACUCAACAAAUUAUAUGUGAUAUUGCAGAUGAUGUGUUUUUUGUUUUAAUUGAUGAAUCUGGUGAUGUUGCUGGUAAAGAACAAAUGGCUGUUGUUAUUCGCUAUGUUAGUAGUGAAGGUUUGGUAAAAGAAAGGUUUCUUGGCAUUGUAAGUGUUAAAGAAACAAGUGCUAAGUCACUUAAGGAGGCACUUGAGAAGUUGUUGUCUAUUAAUGGCUUGAGUUUAUCUAGCAUUAGGGGGCAAGGGUAUGACGGAGCUAGCAAUAUGAGAGAUGUGCCAGAAGUGGUGGUACGACAUCAACUUCAAAAUUAUGUUAGAAAUGUUAGAUGUGACCCAAAUUUUGCAAAGUUAAAAGGACUUUCAGAUCUUUGUGCAAAACUUGUGGAAACAAAUAAGUGCAAAACAUUUGAUAUGGUCUAUAAGCUUUUGAAGUUAGCUUUAGUCUUGCCGGUAGCAACUGCAAGCGUGGAGCGUGUUUUUUCAGCUAUGAAGUUUGUGAAGAGUCAAUUAUGUAACAAAAUGAGUGAUCAAUGGUUAAAUGACCGUCUUGUAACUUUUAUAGAAAGAGAUGUUCUUGGAACAAUUAACAAUGAUGUUAUUUUAGCUCAUUUUCAAGAAAUGGAUAGUAGAAGAUUUUCAUUGUAA